AAAAUAUGACCAAUCUAUCUAGUGUCUUAAAAUGAAAACUACCAAAAAUAAAAAGGAGUUGUUUGGAUAUACUAGUCUACCCAACCCCGAUCUGCAUAACGCUAAGACUUGUUAUAACCCACAGCAGAACAUCUUUCCAUAGACGGCAAAACAAAGCCCCACUCCGUUCACUGUCAAUCCCAGCCCCAACCGGCUCAAGCAGCCAACAUUUCCAUCGAAGCAAGCCAUUGUUGAUUGUUCCCGCGUGUAGAGAAAACGGAGCGUUUUAGCUGAAAUCGAAGCGUUUCAAGGUGGAUGAGAAGGUGAGAAAGAAUGAACAAGCUGAUUGAAUUUGGAAGGAAAGCUCUAUUCUAUGCGAGGGUUCUUUCGGGCUACGAAGAACGGAGAAUCCGAUCGUUUCGGUUGGAGGUUGAAAAGCGUCUGAAAGAGGCAAAUGAGCGGAAGUUAGCCAUAAGAAAGAUCCCUGAGCAAACAAUUUUGUCGGAGGUUCGUCGUAUGGUUGAGGAGAUGAAAACUUUAAAUAGGAAGCUGGAAGAAACGGAAGCUGCUAUUGAAGAGUACUUCAAGCCGAUCGACAAGGAGGCUGAGAUGAUAAUGAAAACGCAACUUGAAGGAGAGGAGAGGACAAUGAAGGAGAUGAUGAAAGCCAUGCAUCAACAGGCGUUGCUUGAGAAAGCUGAAGCGGAGAAAACAGCAGCAGCACAAAAUUUGGAAACAAACCAGAAGAACCAAGACUCAAGACCCAAGACCCAACAUCUGCCACUGCCCCCAUGAAAGCUUAGGUGAGAUGAUUUUGUAAUAAGUAAUAAUGUAGCUUUAGGAUUAUUCCUGUAAGAGCAUUAUCAGUUUUGGCUGUUUCAUUAACCGUGCUUUGAUAUGAGUAUAAAAAGAAGUGCUUAGUGUACUACAAGUUCUACUACAUUGACUUGGCUAUGAAGUAUUUGAUUGUUUA